AUGCCUUCAUUACUUCAAGCAUUCUAUGUCCUCGCCCUCCUCAACUUAGUCUUCGCCGCUCCACACCCAGCACAAAAGCGAAGCUUCAAGGUUGAACGAGUUGCGAACCCUAAUUAUGUCGGACGAACAGCCGGUGCCGGUACAAGAGCUCUUAUCAAGGCAUACAAUAAGCAUUCCAUGACCCUCCCAGCUUCAUUGGUCGAAGCCAUGAACAAUGGUGCGAACCCUGCCUUCCCAAAUGGAAACUCCAAGGCCGCAACUGGAAGUACAACUGCGGUAGCCGCAGCUGCAAGUGGUAGCGGAGCUGCAGGAACUGGUGUCGUCGCUGCUACCCCAGAGACCGGAGAUACCGAAUACUUGUCGGAAGUCGACAUCGGUGGACAAAAAAUGAACAUGGACUUUGACAGUGGAUCCUCCGAUCUUUGGGUCUUCAGCACUCAACUCCCAACAGCUUCCCAAGCUGGUCACCAAAACUUCGAUGCAUCCAAAUCUACCAGCUUCAAGGCGAUACAAGGUUCUACUUGGUCCAUCUCAUACGGUGAUGGAUCAGGAGCUGCUGGUAACGUUGGAACCGACACCGUUAACAUUGGAGGAGCAACUGUCACUGGACAAGCCAUCGAAAUGGCCACCGCGGUCUCCGCAUCCUUCGUCUCCGACACCCAAUCUAACGGACUUGUCGGUCUCGCAUUCUCUAAACUCAACACCGUCAAGCCUGCUCAACAAAAGACAUUCUUCGACAACGCCAUGGCCCAAGGUCUCGCCCAACCAGUCUUCACUGCCGAUCUCCGCAAAGCUGCCGCUGGCUCCUACGAAUUCGGAAACAUUGAUGCUACCAAGUUCAACGGAUCCCUGACCUGGGCUGCCGUCAAUACCACUCAAGGAUUCUGGCAAUUUAGCUCCUCUAAAUUCACCGUUGGAGGUGGUGCCGCCACUGCUGUACCUAACGGACAAGCUAUUGCUGAUACCGGAACCACUCUUAUGUUGGCCGAUCCUAACAUUAUCAAUGGCUACUAUAGCAAGGUUCAAGGAGCUGUCAACAACCAAACUGUCGGUGGUGUUACAUUCCCAUGCUCUGCGAAGUUGCCAGAUUUGGCCGUCGAUGUUGGAGGAACCUAUAUGGCUAUUGUUCGUGGUGAUGAUAUCAACUAUGCUCCUGUUGAUAGCACUGGUACUACCUGUUUCGGAGGUCUCCAAGCCACUACCUCCAACCUCCAGAUUUACGGUGACAUUAUGUUCAAGUCUCAAUUCGUCGCAUUCAAUGGAGGAAACAACUCCCUUGGAAUGGCUCCUCAUCAAGGAUAG